AGACGCCGCCGGCCCCUCGCCGCGCCAUGUUCAAGAAGCUGAAGCAGAAGAUCAGCGAGGAGCAGCAGCAGCUGCAGCAGGCAUUAGCCCCUGCUCAGGUUUCCUCCAGCUCUUCGACACCAACAAGGACUAGAAGCAGAACAUCUUCAUUUACAGACCAGCUCGAUGACGUCACACCCAACAGAGAGCUUCUAGCCGGGAUGGUAGCAGAGCCUGCCUUUCUCUCUGAAUACACUAUCUUUGCUUUGGAUUCCUCCAAACAGCCCAAAACACAGACUGGCAGUGUGAAUGUAUCAACGCAAGCAACAAAAUCUACAGAUGCUGUUACUAGAGAUGAAUCAUCCCCUUCUCAGUCCGGUGACACACAGACUUUUGCGCAGAAGCUCCAGCUCCGAGUACCUUCCAUGGAGUCUCUGUUUCGAAGUCCCAUAAAGGAAUCCCUGUUUCGGUCUUCUAAAGAGUCUUUGGUCCGAACAUCUUCCAGAGAGUCCCUGAACCAACUUGACCUGGACUGUUCUGCUGCUACCUUUGAUCCACCUUCUGAUAUGGAGAGCGAGACAGAAGAUGCACCGUGGACCUCAGACAGUCUCAACAGAGAGCAGCUGCUUCAGCGGUUGCGCAGAAUGGAGCGAAGCCUAAGCAGCUACCGAGGGAAGUACUCCGAGCUCGUCACAGCGUUUCAGACUCUUCAGAGAGAGAAGAGAAAGCUACAGGGUAUAUUGAGUCAGAGUCAAGAUAAAUCACUUCGGAGAAUUUCAGAAUUAAGAGAGGAGCUGCAGAUGGAUCAGCAAGCAAAGAAACAUCUUCAGGAAGAGUUUGAUGCAUGUUUGGAGGAGAAAGAUCAGUAUAUCAGUGUUCUCCAGACUCAGGUUUCUCUUCUAAAGCAACGAUUACAGAAUGGCCCGAUGAGUGUUGAUGUUCCAAAACCACUCCCUCCAGUGGAGCUCCAGGCAGACGUGCACAAUGACACGGAGAGGAUGGAGGAGAAAGUGGAGGGUGUCGGGGAGCCAGUGGGAGGUGGGACUUCCGCUAAAACCCUGGAAAUGCUCCAGCAAAGAGUGAAACGUCAGGAGAAUCUACUUCAGCGCUGUAAGGAGACAAUCGGGUCCCACAAGCAGCAGUGCGCACUGCUGCUGAGCGAGAAGGAGGCGCUGCAGGAGCAGCUGGAUGAAAGGCUGCAGGAGCUGGAAAAGAUGAAGGAGCUUCAUAUGGCUGAGAAGACUAAACUUAUCACUCAGUUGCGUGAUGCAAAGAACUUAAUUGAACAGCUUGAACAAGAUAAGGGAAUGGUAAUAACAGAGACGAAGCGGCAAAUGCUUGAGACCCUGGAACUGAAAGAAGAUGAGAUUGCUCAGCUUCGUAGUCAUAUCAAACAGAUGACUACCCAGGGAGAGGAGCUGCGCGAACAGAAAGAAAAGUCUGAAAGAGCUGCUUUUGAGGAACUUGAAAAAGCCUUGAGUACAGCCCAAAAAACUGAAGACGCACAGAGAAGAAUGAAGGUGGAGAUGGAUGAACAGAUAAAGGCUGUUGAGAGAGCGAGCGAGGAGGAGCGCCUCCGCCUUCAGCAUGAACUGAGUCGGGUGAGGCAGGAGGCUGUCAGCAUGGCGAAAAAGAAUUCAGAAGAACAACUUGCUGAACUCCAGAAGCUGCAUGCCGAGGAGCUGGCCAGCAAAGAGGAGGAACUGACCAGGAAGCUGGAGGCCCGGGAGAGGGAGCUGCAGGAGCAGAUGAGGAUAGCUCUCGAAAAGAGUCGAUCAGAAUAUUUGAAGCUCACCCAAGAAAAAGAGCAGCAAGAAUCCUUGGCUUUAGAGGAGGUAGAGCUGCAGAAGAAGGCCAUCCUCACAGAAAGUGAAAACAAACUCCAGGAACUCGGGCGAGAAGCAGAGGCUUACCGAACUAGAAUUCUUGAAUUGGAAACCUCUUUGGAAAAACGCUUACAAGAAAGCAAAACUCAUUCAGAGCAUUUGGCUGUUCAUCUGGAAGCUGAGAAGAAUAAGCACAAUAAAGAACUCACAGCCCUGGCUGAGAAGCACAGGACAGAACUGGAGGGCCUCCGGCAGCAGCAGGACAGCCUGUGGACUGAGAGGCUCCAGAGCCUCUCGCAGCAGCAUCAGGCUGCUGUGGAGGAGCUCAGAGAGAAGUAUCAGCAAGAAAAAGAUGCAUUACUGAAGGAGAAGGAAAGUCUCUUCCAGGCCCACAUACACGACAUGAAUGAAAAGACCUUGGAGAAGCUGGACCAGAAGCAAAUGGAACUGGAGUCUGUAUCUUCCGAGCUGUCAGAAGCUCUAAAAGCCCGUGACCAGCUUGCAGAGGAGCUUUCUGUCCUAAGGGGUGACGCAGAUAAAAUGAGGCAGGCUUUAGAGGCUGAGCUGGAGGAGCAGAGGCGUCACCACCAGCGUGAGGUUGACAGCAUUAGUGAGCAACAAGAAAUAACUGUCCGCAGAACCGAGAAGGCACUGAAGGAUGAGAUCAACCAGCUGGGGGGUCUCCUGAAGGAGAAGGAUGAGCACCUGAAAGAGCGGCAGGCCCGGGUACAAGAUCUUGAAGCUCAUCUUCAAAAGUCUGCUGGGGAGCUCCAGCAAGCCUUUGCCAAGCUGGAUCUCCUCCACGCUCAGCAGAGCACCGCACAUGAGCAGACAGGCGCAUAUGAGGAGCAGCUGGUCCAAAUGCAACAAAAGGUGUUGGAUCUGGAAACAGAGAAGAACCUUCUUACCAAGCAGGUAGUGGAAAUGGAAACACAAAAAAAGCACAUGUGUGUGGAGUUGGACACUCAGAGAGCUCAGGUGCAGCAGCUGGAGGGAGAGAGAAGUGAGCUGGAGGAGAAGGUCAGAUCGUUAGCCCAGCUCCAGGAGUCACAGCUCAAGAACAGUACUGUGGAGAAGGAGCAAGCACAGCAAGGCCUGAUAGAGAAGGAAAAUGUCAUCUUACAGAUGAGAGAAGAACAGGCCAAGGAAAUCGAGAUCCUCAAGCAGAAAUUGUCUUCUAAAGAAGAGAGCAUUAGUAUUUUGCACAAGGAAUAUGAAACCAAAUUUAAAAAUCAGGAAAAAAGAAUAGAAAAAAUUAAGCAGAAAGCAAAAGAAAUGCAAGAAACGAAGAAAAAGUUGUUGGAUCAGGAAGCCAAACUUAAAAAAGAGCUUGAAAAUACUGUCCUCGAGCUUAGUCAGAAAGAGAAACAGUUCAAUGUUCAAAUCCUGGAAAUGGCACAGGCUAACUCAGCUGGAAUUAGCGACACGGUGGCGAGACUAGAGGAGAACCAGAGGCAGCAGAUAGAAAGCCUGACCGAGGCUCAUCAGCGAAAACUUGAUGAUGUCAUAGAGUCCUGGGAAAAGAAGCUGAGUGAGCAGGCUGCAGAGCUUCGGGCCGAGCAUGAGAAGCAGCUACAGGAGAAGGAGCAGGAGAUCCUCACAGUCCAGGCUGAAAAAGAGGAGGUGACUAAGGAAAUGGUGCGGUUGACAGAGGCGGUCACUGGGCAGGACGUGGCACUAGCUGGCCUGCAGGGACAGCUGGAGCAGAAGUCUGCUGUCAUUGUUUCACUUUCAGAGCAUCAAGCUCAGCUACAGUCACAAGUGGAAAAGCUGGAGGCUGACUUGGGUUGUUCUCUGAAUGAAAAGCUUUCUCUUCAAGAGGAGCUGGCUGAGCUGAAACUGCUGGCAGAAAAGGAUCAGCUCAGGGUCUCUGAGCUGACGAGCAAGGUGCGGGCUGCAGAGGAGGAGCUCCAGAGCUGUAAGUCUUCACAUGAGAUCAGCAAGAAGAGCUUGGAGGACAAAAGCUUGAACCUCAAAGCCUUGCUUGAGGAGCUAGCAUCUCAGCUAGAUAGUCGCUGUGAAAGAACUAAAGCGUUGUUAGAAGCCAAGAUGAAUGAACUAGUCUGCACCAGCUGUGACAAGACCGACGCUAUUCUUUCUAGGCUGUCACACUGCCAGCGGCACACAGCCACAGUUGGGGAGGCACUGCUCAGGAGAAUGGGCCAAGUUUCUGAAUUAGAAGCACAACUUACACAGCUGACAGAGGAGCAGCAGACACUAAAGAGCUCUUUUCAGCAAGUUACCAAUCAGUUGGAAGAAAAAGAAAAUCAGAUUAAGACCAUGAAGGCUGAUAUUGAAGGUCUUAUCACAGAAAAAGAAGCCUUACAGAAAGAAGGAGGCCAGCAGCAGCAGGCGGCCUCUGAGAAGGAGUCAUGUAUCACACGGUUGAAGAAAGAGUUAUCAGAAAACAUCAAUGCCCUCACACUACUGAGAGAAGAACUUUCGGAGAAGAAGUCUGAGAUUGCCAGUCUUAGCAAGCAGCUGAGUGAUGUCAGUGCUCAGCUGGAGAGCAGCAUCAGCCCAAGUGACAAGGCCGAAGCCAUCUCUGCUCUGAGCAAGCAGCAUGAGGAACAGGAGCUGCAGCUGCAAGCUCAGCUUCGAGAGCUGUCUUUGAAAGUCGAUGCUCUGAGUAAGGAGAAAAUGUCUGCCCUUGAGCAGGUAGAUCAUUGGUCCAACAAGGUCUCAGAGUGGAAAAAAAAAGCACAGCCCAGAUUGGCACAGUACCAAAGCACUAUUAAAGACCUGCAGGCACAGCUUGACUUAAAAGCCAAAGAAGCUAGUGAGAAGGAUGAGCAGAUACGUUUACUGAAGGAAGACCUUGAUCAGCAGAAUAAAAGAUUUGAAUGUUUAAAGGGUGAGAUGGAAGACAGGAAGAGCAAGAUGGAGAAAAAGGAGUGUGACUUAGAGACUGAGUUAAAGACUCAGACAGCAAGGGUCAUUGAAUUAGAAGACUGCAUUACUCAGAGGAAAAAAGAAGUUGAGUCCUUAAAUGAAACACUUAAGAAUUACAGCCAGCAGAGGGACACUGAGCACAGUGGACUGGUUCAGAGACUUCAGCACUUGGAAGAGUUGGGAGAAGAGAAAGACAACAAGGCUAGGGAGGCUGAGGAGACAGUCCUGAGACUACGAGAGCAGGUGUCCUCACUGGAAGCUGAACUUGGAGUUGUGAAGAAGGAACUAGAACAUGUGAAUUCAAAUGUGAAAAGCAGAGAUGGGGAGUUGAAAGCUUUAGAAGACAAACUUGAGUUAGAAAGCGCUGCAAAAGUGGAGCUGAAGAGGAAGGCGGAGCAGAAGAUUGCUGCCAUCAGGCGGCAGCUCUUGUCUCAGAUGGAAGAGAAAGCACAACAGUAUGCGAAAGACACAGAAAGCCAGUUGAGUGAGCUGAGUGCAAAAUUACAAGAAAGAGAAAAGCAAAUUCACAUCCUAGAAGACAGACUUAAAAACCUAGAAAGUUCUCCACAACCAGAAAUGCCAGUUGUGUGUAGAUCUAUGGGAAAUGUGGCAACAUCUCUUGAGCAAGAAGCAGCAGAUUUCCAAGACUGUACACAGAAGGCAUGUAAAGAAAGAAUCUGCAUGCUGCAAAGAUGUUUAAUUGAAAAAGAGAAGCUGCUGCACAGGCUGGAGCAGGGUGAAGGGGAGGCAGUGUCAUUGCAGUCUGAGGUGCAGCACAGGGAGCUCUCGGGAAAGUCAGACCGCACCAGAGCCAAGCAGCUCGAAGACCAAGUUUUGAUAGGGUGUCUUCAAGAAGAACUGGAAGAAAAGAUGAAGUGUUCCUUAACUGUGUCCCAGCCCAUGGGAGAAGACACUGGGAAAAACGACCCAGGCAUGAAGCAGGAUUGGACAGGUGUGGUUGACAGUGUCCAGAAAACCCUUCAGGAGAAGGAGCGGACCUGCCAGACCCUGGAGCAAAGGGUGAAAGAGCUGGAGUCCGAGUUAAUCAGAGAGAGGGGCGCCCAUAGACUUGAAAUGGAAAAGUUGACCUUAAAAUCACAAUCUUUACAGCAAGAAGUGGAUGGGAAAAAUAAAUCUGUGGAAAAUUUGGAAGAUAGGCCUGAGGAAAAUUCCAAAUCACAUGUGAUCCAGUCGAAAUUGGGAACUACGAUGGAUGGCCAGAACAGUGACCUGGAGUCAAAGUUAGCAGGGGCGGAGCGGGAAAAGCAGAAGCUGAGCAAGGAGUUGGCGAGGCUACAGAAAGAUCUUCGAGCUCUGAGAAAGGAGCAUCAGCAGGAACUGGAUCUCCUGAGGAAAGAAUGUGAACAGGAAGCAGAGGAAAAGCUCAAACAGGAGCAAGAGGAUCUUGAGUUGAAGCACACUUCCACACUGAAGCAGCUGAUGCGGGAGUUUAACACGCAGCUGGCACAGAAGGAUCAGGAGCUCGAAAGAACUGUUCAGGAGACUAUUGAUAAGGCCCAAGAGGUGGAAGCCGAACUUCUGGAAAGCCACCAAGAAGAGACACAGCAAUUGCAUAGAAAGAUCGCAGAAAAAGAGGAUGAUCUGAAAAGGACAGCCAGAAGAUACGAGGAGAUACUUGAUGCCCGUGAAGAAGAAAUGACUGCAAAAGUAACAGACCUGCAGACCCAGCUUCAGGAGCUCCAGAAGAAAUACGAGCACAGGCUGGAGCAGGAGGAGAGCGCCCAGGACAGUGUAACAGUUAUGGAGCUACAGACACAGCUGGCCCAGAAGACCACUCUGAUCAGCGAUUCCAAGUUGAAGGAGCAGGAGCUGAGAGAGCAGGUCCAUAAUUUAGAAGACCGUUUGAAAAGAUAUGAAAAGAGUGUAUGUGCAGCACCUGUGGGGACACCUUACAAAGGUGGCAAUUUGUACCACACUGAGGUCUCACUCUUCGGAGAACCUACUGAGUUUGAAUAUUUGCGAAAAGUGCUGUUUGAGUAUAUGAUGGGUCGGGAGACCAAGACCAUGGCCAAAGUUAUAACCACUGUCCUGAAAUUCCCUGAUGAUCAGGCUCAGAAAAUUUUGGAAAGAGAAGAUGCUCGUCUGAUGUUCACCUCACCUCGCAGUGGCAUCUUCUGAUGACCGUCAGUCUGUGCUUAGCGUGCAUGUGUCAUGGCUCCGAACCUCAUCUUGAAGAAAUGGGGAGCAUGAGUCUGGGCAGCCGCUGCCCAGGAAGCUGUGCCCGAGUGGUGGUCUUGGAGAAUGGCGCUGUCAUUACGGGCCAUUUGUGUAGCUUGAAGACAGAUGUUACCCUGGCCACAGAUACAUUGCUUUUGAAGCAGACAUUCUUGGUGGAGAAAUGGUGAUAGUUUUGUUCUUUUUUAUUCAGUUUUUUUUCUUGGGAAGUUUUCUGUGGUUUAAAGGCUAUUCUGAUUGGCCCCACCUGGCUGGCUGUUCAGUGUCUCUUGUGUUCUCCCACUCUUUAAAGAACUGUCCAUCUUCCUUAUUUAUUUUAGGGUGGUUUCUUUUUCUUCUUAAAGACUUGUGCAAUACAUUUUGAGGUGAAACUUAAGUGAAUUUUUUCUGAUAAAUUAGAGAAUUUAAUUGACUGUUUCACAGAUUGAUUUUUUGAAUAUUUGCUAAAGCCUAAUUCUUUAUGCUAUGAUAAAUCCCAAAUGGCAGUACCUCAUGUUUACCUAGCUUUUGUACUUAUAUUAUUUUUCAGAGGAAAAAAUACUACUGUAAAUUGUAAAUAGUACAUAAUCCUAUUGUCUGCAGCUCUGUGACUGUUGGCCAUGUCAUCUCAGAGGAUCAGAUAAAUAAAGUUUAUUUCCUAUAUAAUA